UUCUUGUGUUUGAAUAUAUGUGCUGCUUUAUUUUUUGUAUCGUCUCAUUUUGUAAUAUCUGGAGGGGAUUCUUAUGGUUUUGUCUAUUUUUCUUUGUUUCCUUUUCUUUUUGAACUUCUAGGUUUUUUAUUUUUGAGGAAAUGCAGGUAUGUUGGAAACAUUCACAUGCAAGUGACUGAACCACUUCUUCAAGAAGUUUUUGCAAGUACUGGUCCUGUGGAAAGCUGCAAGCUUAUUAGGAAAGAAAAGUCGUCCUAUGGAUUUAUUCAUUAUUUUGAUCGUAGAUCGGCAGCACUGGCGAUACUGUCUCUUAAUGGGAGACAUCUGUUUGGGCAGCCUAUCAAAGUUAACUGGGCAUAUGCCAGUGGUCAGAGGGAGGAUACAUCAAGUCAUUUCAACAUUUUUGUUGGCGAUCUCAGUCCCGAGGUUACUGAUGCCAUGUUGUUUGCGUGCUUUUCUGUUUACCCAAGUUGUUCUGAUGCGAGGGUUAUGUGGGAUCAGAAGACUGGACGUUCUAGGGGAUAUGGGUUUGUCUCCUUCAGAAGUCAGCAGGAUGCCCAAAGUGCAAUCAAUGAUUUAACUGGAAAAUGGCUGGGCAGCAGGCAGAUGCGCUGCAACUGGGCCACAAAAGGUGCUGGUGCCAGUGAUGACAUGCAGAAUGCUGAUUCUAAAAGUGUUGUGGAACUAACAAAUAGCUCCUCAGAAGAUGUUAAAGAGGCAGCAAAUAGUGAUGCUCCUGAGAAUAACCCUCAUUACACAACUGUGUAUGUCGGCAAUCUUGCUCCGGAGGCAAGAAUCUCUUUCCGUUGUGCUUAUU